CAUAACCAGGAGUACUUUGGUCAGAAGGCUCGCUAAAGUAGUGCAAACCAUGGGGGCUUAACCACAACAGGUCCUAGCGGUCAGAAACUUUUUUUGGGGGGCCUUGUUUUCUGUGUCUCCCUCAACAUAUUUUCCGCCAAAGCCGUUUUUUUUUAAUUCAUCUUAUCGUUACAUCCUGAGAGGCGCGGCUACUUCAACCGUUCGCUUCUUGUCUGAAGUUAGUUCCAGUUUGAAGCGACUUUACUUGUGGAGGAAGCGAGGCAGGAUGUACCAUGAAGAAACCACAAUGUUGCAGAGGCCACGCUAUGGAACCAUUGAGGAUGAUGAGAGGCUGUCAGCAGAGGAGAUGGAUGAGAGGAGGCGGCAGAACAUUGCCUACGAGUACCUGUGUCACCUAGAGGAGGCCAAACGCUGGAUGGAGGCCUGCUUAGAGGAGGACUUGCCCGCCACUACAGAACUGGAGGAUGGACUUCGGAAUGGUGUUUAUCUUGGAAAACUUGCCAAUUUUUUUGCCCCUAAACUGGUGCCUGCAAAGAAGAUCUAUGACAGAGAUCAGGCUCGUUAUAAGAGCAAAGGGCUGCAUUUUAGACACACUGACAACACUGUGCAGUGGCUUAGGGCCAUGGAGUCAGUGGGCCUUCCUAAGAUAUUUUAUCCAGAAACCACUGAUGUGUAUGACCGCAAAAACAUGCCCAGGGUGGUGUACUGCAUACAUGCACUAAGCUUAUAUUUGUACAAACUGGGGAUUGCGCCACAGAUCCAGGACCUGCUGGGGAAAGUCGACUUUACAGAGGAGGAGAUCAGUAACAUGAGGAGGGAACUGGAGAAGUAUGGGAUUCAGAUGCCAGCUUUCAGUAAAAUCGGAGGCAUCCUGACCAAUGAGCUCUCUGUGGAUGAAGCCGCUUUACACGCUGCAGUAAUCGCCAUCAAUGAGGCAGUUGAAAGAGGCCAGGCUUCUGUGACAAUGGGAGCCUUGAAAAAUCCUAAUGCAAUGUUGAGAAACAUGCAGGAAAUUCUGGCCCAAGACUACCAGGAUACACUGAGGAAGGCCAAGGCUCAGAAGAGGGACCAGUCAUCAGGAAGGCGAUCAUCGGUUGCUACAGAAGAAAGGGAUGUUUAUGAGGAGCUACUGACUCAGCAGGAAAUCCAGAGCUGCAUUGAUCGAGUCAACACCCAGGCAGCAGUACGGAAAGUGAAUGAAGCCGUGUUGGUCCAAGACAAAGCUGCUUUGCUGGCUGCUCUCAGACUUGAAGAUCUGUCACUGCUUGGUGUCCAGGAGGCAAAUGGUUCCUGGUACCUGGAACAUUUUACAACCUACAUCCAACAAAAAUCAAAGGAUGGAGGGAGGUCGAUGGUGCUGGACAAAGAGGAGAUCCACAGAAUCGUCAGCUCCUGUAAUGAUUUUGCUGAGGCAGAGAAACGAAAACUUGAGGCAGUUGCACGGAUCAACACAGCCAUUCGUCUGGGAAACGCUGCAGAGACGGUGGAGGAGCUGCUGAAUCCUGAGGCUCAGCUGCCAAUCGUCUACCAAAAUGCUGCCAACCUGUAUCAAGCUGAGCUGUUCAGUUUGCAGCUUCAAGGAGGACGGUCAGGACUGAGCCAUGAGGAGCUCAGCGUAGCUGUGGAGAUGCUGUCGGCUGUCGCCGUUCUGAACGAAGUGCUGGACACGAAAGACACACAAGCUGUUAUUGAACAGCUAACGGACUCUCCUCUGGGUUUUACAAACAUAGAGCAUGACAGCCUCAACAGGUACGCUGACAUGCUUAUUGAAGAGCGAGCUGAAACUCUUUCCAAGAACCAAGAGUUUCUCACUUGGAACGAUGUUCAGAAAUGUAUUGACAUGGUCAACGUUCAGGUCCAAGAGGAGCACGAACGUAUCAUAGCUAUUGCAGAGAUCAAUGAGGCCCUAAACUCAGGAGAUCACCAGCAGACCCUCGCUGCUCUGCUCCUCCCUACAGCCAAGCUGACGGGAGUAAACCCAGCCAUAGCAAAGCACUACCAUGACACACUUCAUCACAUCAAACAGCUUCUCUGCCAGAGUUCUGGAGAUGAAUCUGCAGUGCUCUGGUUGGACCAAAUCCAGGAAGCUAUCCUAACAGCCAAUCAGGAUGAAGAGGAGGCCCUUAUAAUGGCUGAAGCUGUUGCUCAUAUUAAUAAGACGGUGGAGGAGGGGGACUUCCAGAACACCUUGCAAGCUUUGCAGGUUCCUGGUGCAGGACUGAAAGCUGUGCAUCCAGACUGUGCCGAAACAUACCAGACUGAACUGGCACACAGGCAAACCACAAACUCUAGCAGAGGCAGCAGUGAUGGUGUUUGGGUAAAACACAGCAUCAAGGACAGAUAUGACUACUUCUACAAUCUAGAGACUGGGCAGGGCAGCUGGGACGAGCCUGAAGGAUUUGAAAAUAAUGCAGCACAACUCAGCAAAGAGGAGAUCCAGAAUGUGGUAAAUGUGGUUACUUCAGAGUAUAACAGGGAACAGCUAUGGUUAGCCAAUGAAACCUUCGUCAUCCAGCUGCAGGCAAAGAUCAGAGGUUUCUUGGUCAGAAAAAAGCAUUCACAGAGAAUGGAGUAUCUACGGCAUCAAGAGCAUCAUGUAGUUAAACUCCAGGCUUGCUGGAGAGGUUAUAGACAGAGGAGAAUCUACAUAGCGCGGAUGAAUUUGCUUCAGAAAAGUGUUGCUUCUGUGGUCAAGAUCCAGUCUAUAGUGAAAAUGUGGAAAGCAAAACGGAAAUACAGUCAAAGGUUGCAGUUCUUCCGAGACCAUGAAAAAGAAAUUAUAAAAAUCCAGGCUUUCCUGAAGGCAAAUAAAGCAAGAGACGAUUACAGGACCUUAACUGGAGCCAGUGAUCCUCCACUGUCAGUGGUCCGAAAGUUUGUCCACUUGUUGGAGCAGAGCCCCCGGGAUCUGCAGGAGGAACAAGAGGUGACGCGUCUCAGGGAAGAAGUGGUGACAAAGAUCCGCUCCAACCAACAGAUGGAGAAGGACUUAAAUCUGAUGGACAUCAAGAUCGGACUGCUGGUUAAGAACAGGAUCACCCUGCAGGAUGUUGUUUUACAUAACAAGAAAAUGAAGAACAAGAAAAAUAAAACGAGUAAAGAUGACCAGACUGCUGGAGAUGGACUUGGGAUCAAAGGCCUCAGUAAGGGCAAGAGAAGGAAGCUGGAGGCCUACCAACAUCUCUUUUAUCUGCUGCAGACCAAUCCAUCCUAUUUGGCUAAGCUGAUCUUUCAGAUGCCUCAAAACAAAUCAACAAAGUUCCUGGACACAGUGAUCUUUACUUUGUACAACUAUGCUUCCAACCAAAGGGAGGAAUAUCUGCUGCUCAGACUCUUCAAGACUGCGCUGGAAGAAGAGAUUAAUUCAAAAGUGGAUCAGAUCCAGGAAAUAGUGACGGGCAAUCCUACAGUCAUCAAGAUGGUGGUGAGCUUUAACAGAGGUGCACGAGGUCACAAUGUACUCAGGCAGCUUUUGGCCCCAGUAGUCAAAGAUAUCAUAGAUGACAAGAGUUUAAGCACCAACACCAAUCCUGUGGAGGUGUACAAAGCCUGGGUCAACCAGCUGGAGACGGCGACCGGAGAGGCCAGCAAGCUGCCCUAUGAGGUUACUCCUGAGCAAGCCAUGUCACAUGAGGAAGUACGUAACAGGCUGCAGGCUUCCAGUGUGGCUCUGCGGUCCACAACAGAUAAGGUGUUGAACUUAAUUGUGUCGUCGCUGGAUAACAUCCCCAACCUUCUAGUGUUGGAGCACCUGGAGGCCAUCUCUCCAGACCGAAAUGACCUGCUGCACGAGCUGCUGCAGGACCUGGGAGAUGUUCCUGAUGUAGAAGCUCUGCUUGGUGAAGGAGCUCUAGAUCCAAAUGAACCAAACAGAGAAAGCGCUCUGAGUCAGCUGGCAAAGACUGAGAUCUCUCUAACACUGACCAGCAAGUUCGAACUUCUGGAGGGAGAUGAGAAAGACUUGAAGACCCUCAUGACAAAGACCAAAAAGCUGCUUGUUGAUGUCCUUCGGAUCCAGCAUGGAGAGACAUUACCAGACAUCCUUGAGACCCCAGCUACGGCUCCACAGGAAUCCGAGCAUACAAAGAUGGUCCAGCGUAGGGCGGACCAGGAUGCUCAGACUCCAGAGGGGCUGAAAAGCAGCCCAGCAGUGUUGGAGGACAGCCAGCUGCCUCUCGAGCAAAAGAAGAGGAAGAUCUUAAGAAAUCUCCGUAAUAUUGAACAGGCUGGCCUCGUCACUGCCACUAACAAAUUCCAAGACAUCAUCAACGACAUAGCAAAGGACAUUCGGUACCAGAGACGCUACAGACAGAGGAGAAAGGCAGAGCUUACCAAGCUUCAACAAACACUGACGGCACUCAACUCCAAAACAGCCUUUUUCCAGGAACAGAUGAAUUAUUACGACACCUACAUAAAAACCUGUCUGGAUAACCUCAAUCGGAAGAAUUCACGCAGGUCCAUCAAACUGGACCGCAAAGGAGAAGAAAAGGGCAGUAAGAAGUGGAGGCCUCAGUCUCUGAAGUACACAGCAGCCAAAUUGCAUGAGAAGGGAGUCAUAUUGGAGAUAGAAGGUCUUCAGACAAACCAGUUCAAGAAUGUUAUGUUUGACAUUUCUCCCACUGAGGAAGUUGGAGAUUUUGAAGUGAAAGCCAAAUUUAUGGGUGUUGAAAUGGAAAAGGUCCCACUUCAUUUCCAGGACCUUCUUCAGCUGCAAUAUGAGGGCGUGGCUGUCAUGAAGAUGUUUGAUAAAGCCAAAGUAAACGUUAACUUACUCAUCUUCCUUCUCAACAAGAAGUUUUAUGGAAAAUGAGCACGGAAGAGUGAGCGAGAGAACUACUGGGAGCAAACAAAUAGUGCCUUUGGAGUUUUUGAACCAAAUUAUAAAACAUCACCUGCUUUUAAUUUAAUGAAUCUGAAUCAAUUGUCAACUUUCUGUGUCUGUUCAGUUUAUUUUCUGUGUUGAUUGUAAAUGUAAUGUACUUUUUAGAAAUUAAAUUGUGAUGGAAUUCAUAUUUUAUAUGUAAAAAAACAAGAAAAAGGACCUUACAUGUUGGAAAAAACUAAAAUAGCCAUUACUACAGCUUACCAGUGCCUUUUAGAUAUAUAAAAAUGGGUUUUAAAUCAAUAUUAAAGCUACAGAUUUAUUUGAAUGUUACUAUUAUUAGUAUAUAAUUAUCUGAAAAUCUUUGACCAAUGUACAAAAUAAACUCCAUAUGUUAAGACUG